CUGGAGCCGGGACCCGAGCCGGAGCCGGAGCCGGAGACAGAACCAAACCACCGCUGCAGCCCACUAAACCCAGGAGGCGCCCUGGCCCGCGCUCGCCCCCCAGGGCCUCAUGUCGGAACCACAGCCUGGCCUGGAGCCGCCCCAACAUGGGCUGUACAUGCUCUUCCUGCUUGUGCUGGUCUUCUUCCUCAUGGGCCUUGUAGGCUUCAUGAUCUGCCACGUGCUCAAGAAGAAAGGCUACCGCUGCCGCACAUCUAGGGGCUCAGAGCCUGAUGAUGCCCAGCUCCAGCCCCCUGAAGACGAUGACGUGAAUGAGGACACAGUAGAGCGGAUUGUUCGCUGCAUCAUCCAAAAUGAAGCCAAUGCUGAGGCCUUGAAGGAGAUGCUAGGGGACAGUGAAGGAGAAGGGACGGUGCAGCUCUCCAGUGUGGAUGCCACCUCCAGCCUGCAGGACGGGGCCCCCUCCCAUCAUCACACCGUGCACCUUGGCUCUGCAGCUCCUUGCAUCCACUGCAGCCGCAGCAAGAGGCCCCCACUUGUCCGUCAGGGUCGCUCUAAGGAAGGAAAAGGCCGCCCCAGACCUGGAGAGACCACUGUAUUCUCAGUGGGCAGAUUCCGAGUGACACACAUUGAGAAGCGCUAUGGCCUACAUGAACAUCGUGAUGGUUCCCCUACAGACAGAAGCUGGGGUUCUGGUGGAGGGCAGGAACCAGGGGGUAGUCAGGUGGCUGGAGGAGGGCAGCCUAGGACAGGGACGGCUGCCGUUGAGAGGCUGCUCCCCGAGCCGCCACCCUCCCAAGCCGUAGCCACCCACCCAGUACAGAAUGGAAGGCUCAAGGAUGCCAGCCUAGUCCCUUGUACACUUGAGGGGACCCCUGGAACCUCUGUAGAACUGAACUUGGGCCCUAGAGGGAGAGGCCCAAGCCAAGGGCUGCCUAGUCAAGAACCAAAUGGACAGCCAACCAAACUGGACACCUCAGGUCAACAGGAGUCUCAACCACCAGAAGCAGGGGGUAUGUGAGACAAGUCUCCCUGAACUCAAGAUCAGGUAAUCUCACCCUCCCACCCUCUCUCUAAACUACUCAAUCCCA